AUGAAAGUGCUCGUCGCAGACUACGACGAUGCAGCACUGCAGAAAAUCGGCGGCGAGAUCAGCACUAUCAAGACCGAUGUAAGCAAGCUUGAGGAUUGGGCGAAACUUAAGAGCAAGGUGGACCAAGACUUCAACGGCCAGGUGAACCUGCUGGCUCUCAAUGCCGGUGUCGGGGGCAAAUCAAGCUGGGAGGACCUCAGCAUCUUCCACAAGAUCAUUGACACAAACGUGUUUGGCGUGCUCAAUGGCAUCAGCACGUUCCUGCCAAGCAUCAAGGAGAAGGCGGCUACCACACCAUCUGCCAUAGUCAUCACUGGAUCCAAGCAGGGCAUCACCAAUCCUCCCGGCAAUCCGGCGUACAACCUCAGCAAGGCGGCCGUCAAGUCCGCCGCUGAGCACCUCAGCUAUGAUCUCCGAGGAACUGGCAUCGGCGUACAUUUGCUCGUGCCAGGGUGGACACACACGGGCAUGACUGGCGCCAACAGCAGGGACAAGCCCGAUGGAGCGUGGUGGCCGGACCAGGUGGUUGACUAUCUAGAGAAGAAGAUGAACGAGGGCCAGUUCUGGGCGAUCUGUCCCGACAACGACGUGACCGAAGCACUAGAUCGCAAGAGAAUGCAGUGGACUGCGAGCGACGCUAUUGAAGGAAGGCCGCCGCUGUCGAGGUGGAGAGACGAGUGGAAGGAGAAACAUCAAGACUGGGUGGAAAAGCAGAAAUAG